AUGUCAACAACUGGCGAUGGUGCUAUUGGUAAAAGACUCCAGUCAGCUAGAAGACCUGCAGUGAAGGCACUUGCGACACGACAAAUUAACCCAACGCAAAAGUCGCCAAUUAAACAACCGCCUCCAACGCCAAAAGGCAUCCUCACCCCAAGGCACAAGCGGCCUGGUCGCCCGCGAAAGAGUGUAGCUUUCAAUGGCGAUGACAAUAAACCAGCAGAGGUCUACUUCGAGGAUUUACCAAAGGAGCCUAAGCAGGCUUUGCCAAAGAAGCAGGCUGAAAAACGGCAGAUUCAAGACGAUGCAGCCUCUGAGGAUGAGGAAGAGGCCGAAGAUGAUGACGAGGUCUGCGUGGUUUGCUCCAAGCCAGAUUCGAGGCCUGGGAAUGAGAUCAUUUUCUGUGAUAAUUGCGAUAAAGCUUUUCACCAGAAAUGUUACAAAGUCCUGGAAAUACCUGAAGAGGAUUGGUUUUGCAGAGACUGUCUGCAAGAAGAUAUAAUACCAGAAAUUUCCCACCAUACAACACAAGCCACAGGUCCUCCCUUAGCUAUUCCUGACAUCCCUAAUUUUGAGCAACAUCUUCAGAACAUGCAGAGAGCUCUUAUUGACCGCUGCUCGGGCAACCGCCCGCUCAAGCUGAAGGGGCAAGGUGAAGCCUAUGAAAAAACCUACCAGCUGGUAGAACAGACAGUGAUGGCUGGCGAAGGAAAUUCUUUGAUGGUUAUAGGGGCUCGCGGAUGUGGGAAGACUCUCCUAGUCGAGACCGCUGUGUCAGAGCUGAGCCGAGAGAGCCCAGAUGCAUUUCACGUUGUUCGACUAAACGGUUUCAUCCAUACCGACGACAAGCUAGCCCUGAAGGAGAUAUGGCGGCAACUGGGCAAAGAGAUGGAGGUUGAGGACGAUUUGGUGAAUAAGACCAAUAACUAUGCCGACACAUUAGCUUCUCUUCUAGCUUUGCUUUCCCAUCCCUCAGAGAUCACAGGUGCUGAGGAGGGUAUCACCUCUAAAUCUGUUAUCUUCGUGAUCGAUGAGUUCGACCUUUUCGCUACACACGCUCGUCAAACUCUGCUAUAUAAUUUGUUUGACAUCGCUCAGGCAAGAAAGGCGCCAAUCGCCGUGCUUGGCCUGACUACACGAGUCGAUGUAGUAGAAAGUCUGGAGAAGAGAGUCAAGAGUCGCUUCAGCCACCGAUACGUACAUUUAACAUUACCCAAGAGUUUGCCGGCAUUUUGGGAUAUCUGCAGGCAAGGCUUACAAGUUGACGAAGAGGACUUGGAGUCCAACGGACUUGAUGCCUGUCUGGGAGGCCGUGAUGCGUUUCUGAAGUAUUGGAACGAUAAGAUUGAAACUCUCCACAAGUUGCAAUCAUUCCAGGACCAUCUUGAGUACAACUUUUAUACUACCAAGUCGGUCAGCGCAUUCCUCGCUACGUGUGUGCUACCAUUAGCAGCGUUAUCAACAUCAUCUCUGAAUUUAAAGAUUCCAUCGUCUUCGUCCCGACUGGCUGCAGUGCAACCGCCCGAUUCGAAACUUCACCUUCUUGCAGCCUUAUCAGAUCUGGAUUUGUCGUUACUGAUUGCAGCUGCUCGUCUUGACAUCGUUGCGCAUACUGACACGGUCAAUUUUGCAAUGGCUUAUGACGAGUACAGCUCGCAGAUGGGGAAACAAAGAGUUCAGUCCGCAAGUUCUGGCGUACUAGCGCUUGGUGCUGGGGGAAGAGUAUGGGGACGCGCAGUUGCGAGCAUGGCUUGGGAAAGAUUGGUUUCUCUGGGUCUAUUAAUCCCAGCUGGCAUCGGCGGAAAGAGCAACGCGGCUCAUGGCGGACUAGAUGGGAAGAUGUGGAAACUCGAUGUUUCUUUAGAGGAGAUACCUACGUCCGUCGAGUUGCCCGGUUUCCUUGUGAAAUGGUGUACGCAGAUUUAG